UACAAACACAACGAUAACACUACAAUAAAAAAAUAUUAAAAAACUAAAAAAAAUCUAUAAUAUCGCUUACAUUCCGGUACAUUGUUUAAAAAUAUUUUUGUUUGUUUUCCGUUUUAAUCCACUCGUUAUUAUUAUUUUACCCGAGUAGUGGCGACCCGGCCAAGAAGACUAACUACUAUAAAACCAAAGUACAAAUAGGGAUAACGCUUAAGACGAUCAUCAUGACAAAGACAAGAACAACUACCGCGCUGUUGUUGUGCUGCUGGACGGUAGCUGUGACGGCGUCCAGCUUUGACUCGGAACCGUACCAUUACCGCAGCAAAUCCAGUGACAAGCCCGCGUCCGUGGCCAUUUUGGUGCACAAACAGCAGGUGGACCCGGACGGCGGGGUCAACUUCGCAUUCGCCGGUGACGACGGCCAACAACGGGCGGAACGCAUCGCCCCCGACGGCAGCCGGACCGGUGCUUACUCGUACACUUCGCCCGACGGAAAUCAGGUGAGCGUCCGGUACACAGCAGGCAAGGACGGUUUCCGGAUCUUGACCGGUGAUGACGACGAGGGAAGCAACGUACACGGGGCGACUCACAGGCAAUCGUUCGUGCCACCCGUGCCGUCGUCCGGCUUGGGACGCAAGAAGAAAUACCACGGAGGUCGUUCCAGUCCUUUACCGGCCGUACCUUUUGGCGGUUCCGGAGGCUUUAGCAGUCGACCUUCGGGAUCCGAAGGCGGCGGUUACAGGGUUCGGGAAGACUUGGAACGCAGUGCCGAGUUAGGUGCUUUCAACUCCAGGGACGACAGCGACGACGACGGGGAAUACCAUGCUGCAUCGACCUAUAGCGGUAGAAGAGAGUCGGCCGAAAACAACGGUCCUGCCUUUGGUGCGGGAUACGCUUUUGAGUUCGGCGGCCGAGGUGGAGGUUCGGGUCCAAGUGCCAACGCUGAUUUUUAGGUACAAGUACUCAAAGCCGGCGACCAACGGUCUUAUACAUAUACACAGAUUAAUUAAAAAUAUGCAUUUUGACUAUUUUACGCCGACAACGGCCAUCCGUAUGACUUAAUAUUAUGUAUAUAUAAUUAUAUAAUAUGUUUAUGCUUAGCAAUAUUACUAAGACGUGUAUGAUUAUCAGGUCGGACCGACGCGACGGUUCUGGCACAAAGACUUCUUGCCUUCGUCCGAUAACCGGCAACAAGGUCAUUUUCGAGUAUAUUUUAAUUGUUUUUUUCACCCUAUUUCGAUUGUCAACAAUAUAGCUGAUAUACUCGCGAGGCUCGGAUAACAAAACGCCAGUCGUUCACCAAUGCGUUUGUCCCAGAUAUCAUUCAAUACGUCUCACGAGUAAAAUAGUACAAUAAUGUUAUUAUUUUCGUACUAUCGGUUGUUGCUUAAUCGUCGAGUUGUCCAAAUUUCAACAUCCAGCACACUUUCAGUUACACUGUGUUGUAUCAUUUUGUAUGUUCAUAUAUUAUUAUGUAUUUUGUUUGUCAAAUAAUAUUGUCAUUUCAUCGUCACUGCGAUUGUAACUGUUUAUUAACUACUGACAGGCAUGUGAACCUUAUGGUUCCCCUGAGUAUCUACUAACUAGAUUUUAAAAACGGCAACCCGUUUAAGUCCACAUGACCGAUGCGCAUUGCAUAAUGUACAAUAUUUUCAUAUAAAAUAAAUAUGAUGAUUCGUUUUUAAACGCGCUAAUAUCAAACUUAUUUCUGCUUUUGACACCUCACCCCGCUGGACACGUUUAAGGCCUAAUGGUUAUUAUGUUGUAUUUGUGAAUUGUCCAUUUAGGCGCUUAAACGCAACCGGAUUUUUUUCAUCAUCGACUGUCGACACUAUUGUUGUAUUGUUAUAAAAUAAUUAUUAAAGUAGUUGCUAUAUGUAUUGUAUUGUUAUAAGAAUUUUUAAUAACAGUAAAGAGCAUAUGAAAGCAUUUACAUUAAUGGAUUGUUAAUAGCUGUUAGUAUUUCAUUAUACCUAUUU